AUGGAUACAGGCGAAAAUGCCGAGUUACUGGCAGACCUCAAUAGCGAGUACCGAGAUCGACGCAAGGAUGCAGUGAAACGCGUCAUUGCCAACAUGACUGUGGGAAAGGACGUCAGCUCGCUCUUCCCGCAGGUGGUCAAGAAUAUGCAAACCGAGGAUCUAGAGAUGAAAAAAUUGGUGUAUCUGUACUUGAUGAACUACGCAAAAUCGAACCCGGACCUGGUCAUUCUUUGCGUUAAUACUUUCGUGAAGGACACAGACCACGUCAAUCCGUUGAUGCGUGCGCUGGCUAUUCGUACCAUGGGUUGCAUCCGCGUCGACAAGAUUCUGGACCACUUGUGUGAGCCAUUGCGAAAGUGUCUGCAGGACGAUGAUCCAUAUGUUCGCAAGACCGCUGCAAUCUGCGUCGCAAAACUGUGGGACCUGGAUCAGGAAAGGGCGUUGGAGAACGGUUUUGUCACCAUCCUUCAGGAUCUAGUCUCAGAUUCUAAUCCGAUGGUUGUUGCAAAUGCUGUCACGGCCUUAGCUGAGAUGCAAGACUCGUCUGUGACGAAGGAUAUCUUUGUGGUGAACGUUUCGGUCAUGAACAAGAUGCUUGUAGCCCUGAACGAAUGCACAGAAUGGGGGCAAAUUGCUGUCUUAACUUCGCUGGCAGAAUACAAACCACUGGACUCUAAGGAGGCCGAAAAUAUCUGUGAGCGAGUCAUUCCCCGUCUUCAGCACGCCAAUGGAUCCGUAGUCCUGUCAGCCAUUAGAAUCCUCAUGAUUUUCAUGCGAUACAUUACGAAUAACGACUUUAUUAAGAGUCUGGUCAAGAAGAUGUCACCUCCGCUUGUGUCGCUUCUUGCAUCGGCUCCUGAGGUCCAAUACGUGUCUCUCCGCAACAUCAACCUGAUCCUUCAAAAGCGGCCCGAUAUUCUUCAAAAUGAUGUUCGGGUCUUCUUUUGCAAGUACAACGACCCGCCAUAUGUUAAAAGAGAAAAGCUGGAGAUUAUCAUCAAAUUGUCCAAUGAGAGAAAUAUUGAACAAGUCUUAUCGGAACUCAAAGAAUAUGCGUCUGAGGUCGAUGUCGAUUUUGUCCGCAGGGCGAUUCUAGCAAUCGGUCGGUGUGCGAUUUUAAUUGAGGAGGCUUCCGAAAGAUGUGUGAAUGUUCUACUGGACCUCAUCAGUACCAAGGUCAACUAUGUUGUCCAGGAGGCCAUUGUCGUGAUCAAGGACAUCAUCCGCAAAUACCCCAAGCGCUACGAAGCCAUUAUUCCGACCCUUUGUCAGAAUUUGGACUCCCUUGACGAACCAGAGGCCAAGGGCUCGCUGAUUUGGAUCGUCGGAGAAUACGCUGAACGGAUUGAGAACGCAGACGAGCUGAUCGAAAACUUUUUGGAAACGUUCCUGGAAGAAAACUCGCAAGUCCAGCUCCAACUCUUGACCGCCACCGUGAAGCUAUUCCUGAAAAAGCCUUCACAGUCCCAAGAGAUUGUGCACCGAGUGCUGCAAACUGCCACGCAGGAGAUUGACAAUCCAGACACCCGAGAUCGUGCCUAUAUCUAUUGGCGGCUUCUCUCGACGGAUCCACAGGCAGCAAAGGCUGUGGUCUUGUCCGAGAAGCCACCCAUCUCAGUAGAGACAAGGACGCUUUCUCCGGGAAUAAUGGAUGAGUUGAUCAAUAACAUCUCGACCCUUGCCUCCGUUUACCAUAAACCUCCGACGGCAUUUAUGGGCACCAAGGCGUACAGCGCAGACGCUGUUAAGAAAGCUGCUGCUGCCGAGUAA